AUGACUCUGCAGUGGACUGCUGUGGCUUUCUUCCUCUAUGUGGAGAUAGCAGUCAUCCUCAUCUUGUGUCUUCCCUUCAUAUCAGCUCAGAGAUGGCGAUCAGUUUUCAGCUGGAGGAUAUGGAAUUGGUUGUCUCCAUAUUGGAACAAAGGCUUCUUUACCAUGAUCAUGAUCCUCAUUGUUCUGUUUCUUGACGCCAUCCGGGAGGUGCAGAAGUACUCGGGACGGGAGCCCAUGCAAGAUGCCAAGGCGAACCCCAAUCUGUUUGACCACCUCCACAUGAAGCUGUUCAGAUCCCAGAGGAACCUCUACAUUUCUGGCUUCUCCCUCUUCCUCUGGCUUAUCAUGCGCCGCGUGGUCACCCUGCUGAAUCAGGUUGCCAUCACCUCAGAGGAGUCUGCUGGUCUUCAGGCUCAGAUGGACAAUGCCCACAAAGCAGCCAAGCAGUACCAGGAGGACAGUCUGCUGCUCAGACAGGCUCUACUGGAUGAGGAAAAAUCCAUGUCAGCGAAAAACCAGCUUCUGAAGAAGGAGGCUGAGAAGCUGGCAGGAGAUCUGAAAACUGCACAAGAUGCUGUGCGCAAGUCUCAUGCUGAGGUGGAGGCCAUGAAGAGGCAGGCCAAAAGUCUGGCACAGGAGUACGACAGACUGCUGAGGGAACACCACAAACUCCAGAAUCUCCAGAGUGGUGCUGCAGACAAAAAGGAUCAGUAACAACAGGAUUACAGUGACAGUUGUUCUCAAGUGCUGUUUCACCUCCCACCAUGGAUACUGUUUCACAGAUUAUUCUCAUAGAACACAGUGUGCUAUAUACUGUAAACCACCAGAGGCCUUAUUUGCAUUCUGUUGCCAUUUUCAUUUUCUUUUGAAGCUGAACCAACGCAUAUUUGUUAAUUGAUAGGAUUAAACAUGCUCUAUACUGGCUGCUUAGUUUAAACCUUGAAUGCUGAAACUAUUGCUGCCAUAUCAUGGACAUGACCGUGGGAAGUUAUUUUAAUUUUAAAUAUUUAAAUUUAAAAGGGUCAAUUCAAUAAGAAGUUCUGUCUACUUGAAAUUAGACAUAACGUUAUGCUAAUACUAACAUUUAAUACUGAUUUAACAUCUGGCAUGUAUAUUAAGCUGCUAAAUAUCCUACUUUAAAAUGUGUAUUGUGUUGAAUCAGGUGUACUUCUCCAAGUCAGCUAACCUGUUUGCAGGAUCUGUGAAUGCACUACAUAAUAGUAUUUUUUGUGUCCCUUGAGACUCGUUAUAUGGUUAUAUGGAGGAAUUACAAAA